GGCUUGUGCCGGUCGCUGGCAGGGGGCGGGGCCUAGGGCUCCGAAAGGUGGGCUUUUGGACGGCAGCGGGGAGAGCAGCAUCCUCGUCUCCGACGCGUCUCCGACGCGUCUCCGACACUCCUCGGCUUCCACCAUAGAGCAAACCCCCGCCCGGCCGGUCCCUCGGUCGCCAUGGAGUCCACGCUGGGCGCGGGCAUCGCAAUGGCCGAGGCGCUGCAGAACCAGCUGCCUUGGCUGGAAAACGUGUGGCUCUGGGUCACCUUUCUGGGCGAUCCCAAGAGCCUCUUUCUGUUCUACUUCCCCGCGGCCUACUACGCCUCCCGCCGCGUGGGCAUCGCAGUGCUCUGGAUCAGCCUCAUCACCGAGUGGCUCAACCUCGUCUUCAAGUGGCUUCUGUUUGGAGACAGGCCCUUUUGGUGGGUCCAUGAGUCUGGCUACUACAGCCAGGCCCCAGCCCAGGUCCACCAGUUCCCUGCUUCUUGUGAAACUGGUCCAGGCAGCCCUUCUGGACAUUGCAUGAUCACAGGAGCAGCGCUCUGGCCCAUAAUGACGGCCAUCUCUUCCCAGGUGGCCACUCGGGCCCACAGCCGCUGGGUGAGGGUGAUACCUAGUCUGGCUUACUGCACCUUCCUACUGGCGGUCGGCCUGUCCCGGGUCUUCCUCUUAGCACAUUUCCCCCACCAGGUGCUGGCUGGCCUAAUUACUGGUGCUGCGCUGGGCUGGCUGAUGGCCCCCCGGGUACCCAUGGAGCGGGAGCUAAGCUUCUAUGGAUUGACCUCACUGGCCCUCUUGCUGGGUGCCAGCCUCAUCUAUUGGACCCUUUUUACACUGGGCCUGGAUCUUUCUUGGUCCAUCAGUCUGGCCUCCAAGUGGUGUGAGCGGCCUGAGUGGGUGCACUUGGAUAGCCGGCCCUUUGCCUCCCUGAGCCGUGACUCAGGGGCCGCCCUGGGUCUGGGCAUUGCCCUGCACUCUCCCUGCUAUGCCCAGGUACGGCGAGCAUACCUGGGACAUGGCCAGAAGAUAGUCUGUCUUGUGCUGGCCGUGGGGCUGCUGGGCCCCCUGGACUGGCUGGGCUACCCACCUCAGAUCAGCCUUUUCUAUAUCUUCAAUUUCCUCAAGUACACCCUCUGGCCAUGCCUCGUCCUGGCCCUUGUGCCCUGGGUGGUGCACACGUUCAGUGCCCAGGAAAUACCACCCAUCCGCUCUUCCUGACUUCAAGUGCCUCCUAUUGCCACUUGCCCCGCCCCCCCCCCCCAAAGCCAACACUCCAUGAUCUGUGACCUCCCUCCCCACUCCAGGAGGCAGCCCCAUCCCCUUCCAGCUCCCACAGGCCCUGGUCAUCCUCAGUCUCCCACUUCUCCAGCAUCUGGUCUUCACCCCAAAGGGCCUUCUUUCUCCCAAAAAUGCUGGUCCUUUUGCCUUCCCCUGAGUCCCCGGAGAGCUAAGGCAACAUCAAGACCAGUGGGCUCCUGUAACACUGUGAGGGGUUCACAGAGGCCCCAAUAAAAGCCCUUGAAUACA